CUGGUUGAAUGUUAUCUGAAACUCAACUCUUCUAAUUUUAUAGUAUCUCACCCCCACUUUGCUAAAUCUGUGCUGCAGCCCCCUGUGCUGGCUGGUGCAUCAUUACACAGGGAGCAGAGAGCGAUCAGUUCAGUAGGACUGACACAUGCACAGCUGAAUUUGAUGGUCUCCGGUUUCUUGUUUGACCGUGUCAGAGAAUCACUCCAUAGUUAAGGGCAGAUAGCAGCCUUUCCUCAAAUCAGAGCUGAAAUACCAGAGCUCGAGGUAAGGUGAUAGAGCUGUGGGUCUGAAGUGGCUCAAGUGAGUUAGUUCUGUCCUUUUAUGAACAUUAAACUAUAUUUUUUUAUCUGUCCUCCCUUUCCUUUAGUGGUGGAGAAAUUAUCAUGUGAACAGGCAGAUCUGGUAUUUAGAAGCAAAAGUUUUCUAUAUACAUUCAUCAUACAUUCUACAUUCAUCAAAAUUUCUGGCGAUCUCUAAUUAGAGCCAUGGAUUUAAUAACUGUAGAGAGACAGGGUGGAUAAGAUUUGCUGUGGAAAUCUAGAUUUUCAAAAUGAAUAAAGAUGCACAGAUGAGAGCAACUAUUAACCAAAAACUAAUAGAAACAGGAGAGCGAGAACGCCUUAAAGAGCUGCUGAGAGCCAAAUUAAUUGAAUGUGGCUGGAAGGAUCAGUUGAAGGCACACUGUAAAGUGAUUUUCAUUUCACAAGAGGAUAAAAGCAAAAGCAGCAAGCAGAGAGAUGUAAUCAAAGAAAAAGGGUUAGAGCAUGUUACUGUUGAUGACUUGGUGGCAGAAAUCACUCCCAAAGGUAGAGCUUUGGUACCAGACAGUGUAAAGAAAGAACUCCUACAAAGAAUAAGAACCUUUCUUGCCCAGCAUGCCAGUCUUUAAGAUUGACAUUAAUUCUGAGUACAGUAUUUUUGUGUCUCUGUAUUAUGUAAGUCAUGCCAGAAAUUGGAAUACAUUUUUCAUGUUUUAGAAUUUAAGUUCAUUUUUGUAUGAUUAGUUACAGGUGUAUCAUUACACUGCAUUAAUUUCUUAAACUUGCUGUUUUAAUUAAAAAAAAAACAACAACUUUUGUGGUUA